UCACCCUGUGUUAUUGUUUACACCGAGUCUGGGAGUCUGUGAGGCGUCCACCGCUACACAAGAGGGUGAGGCGGGAUAUGUACUCACCCUCUACUCAAUCCUCAGAGAAGAGAGAGACAGUAACAACAGUGGUGAUAUCAACAACAUGGCCAAGGAGACGAAGGCGGCGGUGCCCAAGGAGGCCCAGGUGAUGAGCGCCAUCCUGAAGGACAUGGGCAUCACUGACUACGAGCCAGGCGUCAUCAACCAGAUGCUGGAGUUCACUUACCGUUAUGUGUCCCAAGUGUUGGAUGAUGCACGGGUGUUUGCCAACUAUGCCAAGAAGAACCGCACCAUAGAGAUGGAUGACGUGAAGCUGGCGGUCCACAUGCAGAUGGAGAAAUCCUUCACAACUCCCCCACCCAGAGAUCUGCUGCUGGAGGUGGCUCGGACCCGCAACGCCAACCCUCUGCCUCCCAUCAAGGUCAAUCAGUAUGGUAUCCGUCUUCCUCCUGACCGCUACUGCCUUUCUGCCUGCAACUAUAGAAUUAAGCCACCACGUAAGAAGACAUCAAGUCUCCCAACACCACUAGGGGGUAACCGCAUCAGCUUGGGUGGAGGCGGUGGUGGCAUGAAGCUGGCCAGCGCCCCCAUCAAACCCACGAUCUCCAUGGUCACCACCAAGACAGGCAAUACACAGACAGUCACGCUGGUGCAGAAGCCGGCCACUACCAUCACCUCCGGACCUGCCCAGAAGAUCGUCAGCGUCAAUCGACCCGUCUUCAAGGUCACACCAGGUACUCCAGGCGGCAGCACCCCCAAGCUCCAGCUCUCCGCAGGAAACAGCAGUGUCAUGAUGAACGUGACCUCUGGCAUCAAGGUGGAUCCUGAUGCACCAACCUCAAAGAGGAAGAGGGAAGAUGACGAGCCUGAUGUUGGACAGUAGAUUUAGGAGCUACUGCAGUCUCAACCCUUUGCAGCCUUGGAAGAUGUUUGUAGUGUUUGUGUCAGGUUCUUACAAAUAAAUAGAAUUAAAUUUUUAAA